AGGCGUUUAAAAUAUCGUUAUCGUAUCGUAUUAGUCAUCUAAACCGAAACAGAACUACAUACGAUGUAAAUAAACAAAUGCAAUAUUAGUUUUGUAAAGUAAAUUAGUUUUAAUAAUGGAUACGCCUAAUCCAAGAUACUUAGAGGAAAGAAGUCGAGUUUUAGUAGGCAAUUUACCUGAUGAUUUUCUAAGAUUCAAUGAAGAAAAUCCAAAUCCAGAGUUAAUUACUAAUGGCCAUUCACAAAAUCCUUCACAAGUGGGCCAACAACAGCAACAUCACCAUAUGGCCCCACAACCUAUGGUGAAUCAAAUCACUAUAACCAUUGUUCAAGCUGAACUCACUAAAAGUUAUAGCUUGACCAAAAUGGAUCCAUAUGUGAGAGUUAGAAUAGGUCACUCUGUGUAUGAAACCCAUACAUCGAUUAGAGGAGGCAAAUUUCCUCGAUGGAAUAAGAUAAUUACAUCCUACCUUGAUCCUGGUAUAAAGACCAUUCACUUUGAAAUGUUUGAUGAGUGCACCCUCACUCCUGAUGAAAGAAUAGCAUAUGCUGAUUUAGUCAUUCCUGAUGAUGUUUUUCAAGGCAAAUUGUUUGAUGAAAACAUUCCCCUCAGUGGUAAACAAGGAACAGACAAAGAAGGCUUUUUAAGUAUUACAAUGCAUAUGAAGUCUGUACCAUAUUGGUCUACUGUGUCUGCACCGACCCUAAUGAUUACACCUGACCUGCCAUAUUAUACCCGGCAAUACGGAAACCCGAUGCUUGGACUUCCCCGUAUACAAACUAUGCAAUACCAACCACCACCUGUACAAUACCAGCAACCACCUGUACAAUACCAGCAACCACCUAUGGUAAAUCCAAAUUAUGCAUAUCCUGCAGUUCAGCCACAACCUUACCGUCCUAGUGAAGAAGAAAUAAAACAAAUGCAAGAAAUGUUCCCUGCCUAUGAUCGGGAAGUUAUUCUGAGUGUCUUAGAAAAUUGCCAUGGAAACAAAGAUCAAGUCAUAACAUCUCUUUUGUCUCUUUCAGACAAAUAACUGUGAUGAAGAACAUUUUUCUUUUUGGAUUUUUUGUAUCAUACCGUGCUGAAAAUAAAUGUUCUUGAAGACAAAAUUUUCAAAAUAAUUUUCGGUUGUGAAAUUACCUUCUAUAAGUGCUUUCAGAAAUUUAGCGUAAUGUUUAUAAAUUUUAUAAUUGUAAUUAUAUGUUUAAAAAAAUGUUUAUUCAAGAAAUGUAAUGAGUAGUUGUUUGAAUUUUACACGUUUUUGUCAAAGGAGAGCUUGAAAAUUAUUUUAUAGCUUGCUCUUAAGAUUGCACUUCAAAAUAUUUGUAAUUUAAUUACUGUAUUAUAAUAUUCGUUUAAAGGAAUGUGAUAUUAAAAGAAUUACUACAUUUA